AUGGUGCGCUGGAACUCCUCCGUGCCCAUGCUCAGAAUCUGCGUUUCCAGAGACGCAAACAUAUCCCGAGUGAUGCGAAUUUUCGCCGCCCGAUCAAGAACUACAUCACUGGGGCAUCUCACCGGAGCCACCGUCAACGUCCCUUCCGUAUCCUCCGAAAGCAUCGGCGCAGAUGUGCUUAUCGAUGGCAAUACCCAACGGCAACCACGAAGCACAUCCUCCUCCUGGUACGCGUGCAGGCUCGCAACGUGUAUUAUGUGCGCACAUGGAAUGCGCCACUGCCGAUUAAAUCUGCAUCCACAAGCGCAGCCAUUUCCGAUGACAACACGUUGCAUACCAAUGCGCUCGUCCUCCACCAGCCAACAACCAACGCCUUCGUUGACGCUGCGAAUACGAACACGAACACUGUGCCGCGCGUACUGCCGCCGGGCGUAAGACGAGAGCCUGCGCAAUAUCACGUCCCCAACGCUGGCUCCGUGCUGAACGUGGCAUUCACCAAGUUGAUCUCUGGCCAGCAGUGUUUCCCUCUCCUCAAUCAUGCUACUUGCACGCUGCACUAUCACCUGAAACAGGUGAAGUAGCGUUGACCGU